AUGGAACAUUCAAAAUUGUAUAAAUUGACUGAACAAGCAUCGAAGAAAUUAUAUGAAUCUGUCAAUGAUAUUGAAUCAUUGAAUCAAUGGAAAAUACAAAUGAUUAAUUUAAUCGAUGAAAUUGCUCAAUUAAAAUUAUCUACAUCAAUAGAAAUUAAUAAAAUAAAUAAUACAUCUCUUGAUCCUACAGAUUGGUUAUCAAGUAGACAUAUCGCACAUCAAAUGCUUGAUUCAUCUAUAGAAUUCAUUCAAACAGUACGAAGUCAUCCUGUUUGGCAACCGAUUCCCAUCGAAGUUCGUAAAUCUAUUGAACAGGAAUCUUUACCUGAACAAGGUCAAGCAUUAUCAAAGGUAUGUCAUGAUGCAUUAACAUAUAUUUUUCCAUAUAUUAGAGGUAAUAUUCAUCCUCGUUUUUGGGGAUGGGUUAUGGGUGAAGGUACAUUAGGUGGUAUAUUAGCUGAAAUGAUGGUGGCAACUAUGAAUAUCAAUGCAGGAGGAUGUACUCAUAGUGCUGUUCUUGUUGAACGAACAGUUAUUCAAUGGAUGCGACAAUUAUUUGGUUUUCCUAAAGAUAAUAAUGGUGGUAUUGUUGUUAAUGGAACAUCAAUGGCUUCUAUUAUUUGUAUGGCAACAGCACGUCGACAAUUUUUAAUUAAUAUUAGACAAGAUGGAAUUGUCAAUGGACCACAAUUAAUUGUUUAUGCAUCAAAAGAGGUACAUAUAUGUAUUGGUAAAGCAUUAGAAGUAUUAGGAUUUGGUUUAAAAGCAAUGCAUUCAAUAUCUGUUGAUGAUAAUUUUUCUAUUAAAAUUGAUGAAUUAAAAAAAACAAUAGAAAAUGAUCGAAAAAAUGGUUUAAUUCCAUUUUGUAUCAUUGGAAAUGCCGGCACAGUAAAUACAGGUGCUUUUGAUAAUCUUAUUGAACUUUCAACAAUUGCUCGUAAAGAAAAUAUGUGGUUUCAUGUUGAUGGUGCUUUUGGUGGUUUAGUUAUACUUGAUCCAGAACGUCGUCAUUUAGUACAAGGUAUUGAACAAGCAGAUUCUUUAGCAUUUGAUUUUCAUAAAUGGUUUCAUUGUCCAUAUGCUGCUGGUUGUGUUCUUAUUCGUAAUGGUACUCAUCUUUUAUCGACUUUUUCUGUUCAUCAAUCAUAUUUAGCUGAUAAUGAACGUGGUUGUGCAGGUGAUAAACCAUGGUUUUGUGAUUUAGGUCUUGAAUUAUCACGUCCAUUUCGAGCAUUAAAAGUUUGGUUUACAUUAAAAGAACAUGGAAUUAUAAAAUUAGGUCAAAAAAUUUCAGAUAAUUGUCAACAAGCUCAAUAUUUAGCUUCAUUAUUAGAAAAAUAUAAAGAUUUUAUUCGUAUUCUUCGUCCUAUAACAUUAAAUAUCGUUAAUUUUCGAUUGGAACCUAAAGAAUUAGAUAUAUUGAAUAAUGAAUUAAUUGAUAUAUUUAAUAAUGAACUUCUUGCUGAUAUUCAAUUAUCUGGUAUAGCAGUAGCAUCAACAACUCGUAUAUAUAAUCAACUUUAUAUUCGUGUAUGUAUUGUUAGUCAUCGAUGUAUUUUAGAAGAUUUCGAUAUUUUUGUGGACAAUCUUCUUAAAUUUUCUCAUACUCGACUUCAAAAUCUUAAGCAAUCAAUAAAUUCAGUUGAUCAAGAGUAA